AUGGAUUUGAAAACGACCUUUUUGAACAGGACUCUCGCUCCGUUUUAUGCCAAUAGCGGUGCUGUUGCUUCCGUGACUGGCGACGGUUCUUUACUAGCCACAUGCGUUCUCGACGAUAUUAAUAUUGUUCGUUUGGAGGAGCCUCAUGCGAUUAUACAUAAGAUCGAAAAUGAGGAUGAGCAGGAUGUAACAGCGCUGAGGCUAACCCCGGAUGGUAGAUACCUCUGCUAUGCUUCCCAGAACCAGUUGCUCAGAUUUUACGACUUGGAAACCAAGAGGACAACCAGGUCUAUGAAAAUUUCUUCACCAGCAUACGUCCUCGACUGUGACGAGAGUUCAACGCUACUGGCUGUGGGUGGCACUGACGGAAGUGUGAAUGUGUUUGACAUUGCCAAUGGGUAUGUAACGCAUUCUUUGAAGGGUCAUGGUGCAACAAUUUCGAGUGUGAAGUUUUACGGAGAAGUGGACAGUGGAAUGUGGUUACUUGCGUCUGGUGACACUAAUGGUAUGGUAAAGAUAUGGGACCUGGUGAAGCGAAGAUGUAUUCAUACCGUCCAAGAGCAUACUGCUGCGGUAAGAGGCCUGGAUAUCCGCGUACAAGAAGGUGCGGAGUCGCUACUUCUAUCUGGUGGCAGAGACGAUGUAGUCCAUGUUCAUCACUUUGAUAUGAAAAAGAAGUGCAAACUUUUGCAGACGAUACCAGUUAAAAGGCAGAUUGAAUCGUGCGGCUUUAUUGGUGAUAAUACUUCUCUCAUAUACACCGCCGGUGGAGACGCCGUAUACCAGAUCAUAUCAUUGGAAAGUGGCAAGUCCAUCAAGCAGACUGCUCAGCCAGUGGAAGAGCUUUUCAUAGUAGGCGUGUUGCCGGUCCAGAACUCCACUAAGUGUUACCUUGUUUUGUCAGACCAAACACUGUUUUUGAUUGAUGUUGAGAAAGCCUUGUCCCAGACUGAAAAAAUGAUAGAGAUAGAGAAGAAAAUUGCCGGCAACCAUGGUACCAUUGCUGAUAUGAGGCUAGUUGGUCCAUCUUUGAACCGGCUAGCCCUGGCUACUAAUUCUCCUACUUUAAGAAUUAUCCCUACCCCACAGGCCUCUGAGGACAAAGAAGUUAUGGAAAUAGAGACUGAAAUGUAUGAAGGCCACACGGAUCUCUUGAACUCUCUAGAUGCAACCAGCGAUGGGCUAUGGCUUGCCACGGCUUCGAAGGACCACUCUGUAAUAUUGUGGAGAUACAAUGAGGCGUCUAGCUCAUUUGAACCCUUCACCAAAUUUUUGGGCCAUGCUGGACCGGUGACUGCUAUUGCGUUACCUAAUGUGAUGAACAGAAACUGGCCCGAAUUCCUGCUAACGGCAUCUAAUGAUUUAACUAUUAAGAGAUGGAAGGUGCCGAAUCCCAAUGAUCGUAAAGCGAUCGAACUCCCUCAUAUUGUUAAAGCAAGCGAAUACACGCGACGUGCACAUGAGAAAGAUAUAAACGCCAUUUCUAUGUCUCCUAAUGAUUCUAUCUUUGCUACUGCUUCCUACGAUAAAACAUGUAAGAUAUGGAACGUGGACACAGGUGAGGUGGAAGCUACCCUAGCGAAUCACAAACGUGGUCUGUGGGGUGUGGCCUUUUGCGAAUAUGACAAACUACUUGCGACUUGUUCUGGCGACAAAACCAUAAAAUUGUGGUCCCUAGAGAACUUCACCGUCUUGAAGACACUCGAGGGCCAUACAAAUGCAGUCCAACGUGUAUCCUUCAUUAACGGAAAUAAGCAGUUGGUUAGCACAGGCGCAGAUGGGCUGGUAAAGAUUUGGGACUGCUCUACCGGUGAAUGUGUUCGCACACUUGACGCUCACAACAACCGGAUAUGGGCGCUGGCAGUAGCGAAUGAUGGCCAAUUAAUCAUCACCGCUGACGCGGACGGUGUCUUCCAAUUCUGGGAAGAUAAUAGUGAAGAGGAACAUGAGCGUAACAUUGAACAAGAGAAACUGCGUGUAGAACAGGAGCAGUCUCUACAGAAUUACAUUUCCGAGGGAGACUGGAAUAACGCAUUUUUACUCGCGAUGACUCUCGACCAUCCAAUGCGUCUGUACCAUGUUCUAGAGCGUGCGAUUGCGAAGGCCCAAGGAGGUGAGGCGAUCUUCAAUCAGGAGUUGGAUCACAUAAUUGGAACUUUGGAUAACGAACAGCUUCUAAAGGUUAUGCGGAGAUGCAGAGAUUGGAAUACGAAUGCACGCACACACUCAGUCGCGCAGAAAAUGAUUAGAUGCAUCCUCCUACAACAUGAUCUCUCAACUUUGAGUGAGGUUCCAGGGCUCGUUCAGCUUAUCGACUCCAUUGUCCCUUACAUUGAGCGGCAUUAUGGAAGGCUAGAUACGCUUGUCGAGCAGACUUACCUGCUUGAUUAUGCUUUAAUAGAGAUGGAUAAACUGUUAUAA